GGGUGGGGGCAGAAGGAGAAGAGGUGUCAGAGAACUCAAGAAAGAUCUGGGGUCAUAACAUUUUAGGAUAAGUCUAGGGUACCAUUCCUAUGGCAGCAAGCAAUGAGGCUUGCUAGGUUCUUAAUAUCCUGUUCAUGCAAGGGAGGUGAGUGUCUAUUAUAUCCUAGCCAAUUCACAUAUCUUGAAUUCUGUUAAUCUCACCAAUGAGAAUCUAUUUCUAACAUUUCAUUAUGCCAAUUAGCCAAAUCUCUGGUGUUGAUGGGCAAUAAAAAGAGCGCAAGCACUUGUAGUAGCUGCCUCUAGAGGGUGGACUUUCUGAUUAAGUGCUUGCUGACCAGGGCUGCACCGUGAACGCCUGGUUAGGCAACUGACUACCCCUAGAGGGUAGAUCCAACGAACUAAUUUAUACAUAUCAUCCUGCCUACACUUAAGCAUUUUGAAGUAAAUUAAAGCCUUCAUAACAAGGAGGGGAAAAGAAAUAGGCUUUAUGAAUCCUCAGGGAGCAGAAACCUAGCCUCCUUGCCAGUAAAAGCUCUUAUUUGCAUGCACGAAUAAUUAAUUAAGUAAGAAAGCAUUGGGAAUCAAAGGUGGAAGAUGGAAUCCGAGUCUGGAGUGCCUGUAUAGUUGAUGGGAAAGCAGGGCUCCUGCAGAACUACAACUCCCAGGAGGCCUUGCCGCCGCUCUGCGGAAGAGCGCCCCAAAGUCACGGGGAGGGUAUAGUUGCCUCGGAUCUGCAGGCCUCGGUAGCCAAGCCAGGAUGCUGUUUUCUUAGUUCUUCUUCGCCCUCUCCCCAUCGCCCUGUCUAAUGGUGAACCAGGAGGUUUCCAAGGUAACCGCGCAGUAGGGCGGGUCCUCCUAAGAAGGGAAACCGCAACCCGGAAGUGACGCUAUUACCGCCCGCCAGCGGCGAGAGGCUUCGAAGAUGGCGGCGCGCAAGGGUCAGCGGCACACGUGUGAACCUGGGGAGUCUAUGGAGACCGAAUCCCAAGAAACAGGGUCCAAGGGCCAGGCUCAGGUCUAUCUACCUGGUCGAGGACCGCCGCUGCGCGAAGGAGAGGAGCUGGUCAUGGAUGAGGAGGCCUACGUGCUGUACCACCGAGCACAGACGGGCGCCCCCUGUCUCAGCUUCGACAUAGUCCGGGAUCACCUGGGAGACAACCGGACUGAGCUUCCUCUUACACUUUACCUGUGUGCUGGGACCCAGGCCGAGAGCGCCCAAAGCAACAGAUUGAUGAUGCUUCGGAUGCACAAUCUGCAUGGGACAAAGCCCCCACCGUCCGAGGGCAGCGACGACGAAGAGGAGGAGGACGACGAAGAGGAUGAAGAAGAGCGGAAACCUCAGCUGGAGCUGGCUAUGGUGCCCCACUAUGGAGGCAUCAACAGAGUUCGGGUGUCGUGGCUGGGUGAGGAGCCAGUGGCUGGCGUGUGGUCAGAGAAGGGCCAGGUGGAAGUGUUUGCACUGCGGCGACUCCUGCAAGUAGUGGAUGACCCCCAGGCCCUGGCCACCUUCCUCCGGGAUGAGCAGACCCGUGUGAAGCCCAUCUUCACCUUCUCUGGCCACAUGGGCGAGGGCUUUGCCCUUGACUGGUCCCCUCGUGUGCCCGGUCGCCUACUGACCGGUGACUGUCAGAAGAACAUCCACCUCUGGACGCCAGCAGACGGGGGCUCCUGGCACGUGGACCAGCGGCCAUUUGUGGGCCACACACGUUCCGUGGAAGACCUGCAGUGGUCCCCGACCGAGGACACGGUGUUUGCCUCCUGCUCAGCUGACGCCUCCAUCCGCAUCUGGGACAUCCGGGCAGCCCCCAGCAAGGCCUGCAUGCUCACCACCGCCACCGCCCACGACGGGGACGUCAACGUCAUCAACUGGAGCCGCCGGGAGCCCUUCCUGCUCAGCGGUGGGGACGACGGAGCCCUCAAGGUCUGGGACCUGCGGCAGUUCAAGUCUGGCUCCCCAGUGGCCACCUUCAAGCAGCACGUGGCCCCCGUGACCUCCGUCGAGUGGCACCCCCAGGACAGUGGGGUCUUUGCGGCCUCGGGUGCGGACAACCAGAUUACACAGUGGGACCUGGCCGUGGAGCGGGACCCUGAGGCCGGUGACGCAGAGACAGACCCGGGGCUGGCCGACCUCCCCCAGCAGCUGCUGUUUGUGCACCAGGGCGAGACGGAUCUGAAGGAGCUGCACUGGCACCCACAGUGCCCCGGGGUGCUGGUCAGCACCGCCCUGUCGGGCUUCACCGUCUUCCGCACCAUCAGCGUCUGAGCUUGGCCUGGCCGAGUCUGUCUGGUCCUCCACUUACUUGGAACUGAAGUUGAAAGUUCAUCAUUUCCCUGGAAGGGACUCAUUCAGAUCUGCUGGACAGCGCCUCUCCAAAAGGACUUGGUUUGGCCCGUUGUCUGCCAUGAUGGAUUCUGUUUCACUUACUGUUCUUUGAAAGGACUUGGUUUGGUCCAAUGCCUCUCUUGCUAAGAGAGAUGGUUUGACUCUAAAAGUAAGUGGCUCUAAAAGUAAGAUUUGGUUUGCUGCCCUUGAUUCCUCCAACUGAAGCACUUGGUUUGACUCAUGGCCCUGUAAAACCACUGCAGUUGUCUCCAGUGAACCCUCCGACCCAAAGACUUGGGUCAACCCAGUGAGCCCCACCUGUAGAAGAGACCAUUAGCCCAUUUCCCAGAUAGGCCUGGUGUGUCCUGUGUUGCUGUGGGUAUUUUGUCAGUUGCAGGCCCUGGGCUUGACUCUGAUCUCCCUGCCACUGGUCUCCCUCAGGGAACUCAAGUGCCUUAGAGUGGCUGGACCGAAUUUGACGUGUGGGUUCCUCCAGCAGAAUUUGCUGUGGCCCUUGUCUUCCUGCCAGCUGGGUUUGACUGGGUGGAGCCUUCUCCCCUCUUCCCAGAGACAGGCACUGUGGCGGGGGGGACUUAGGGGCUCUUGAGAGGCAAUAAAGGACCAGAAUGGAACC